AUGAAGGCCAAAAAACAAGCCAGUAAAAAAGUAACAAAAAUCGUUAGCACAUCCGUGAUUCCGCUCUCACAGCAACAACACGUCCAACAACAGCAGCAGUCUACUAAUAAUCAAAGUUCGCUAUCUAUAUCUCGUAAUAAGCAUUGGAAAUAUAUCUCGUCUUAUCAUGGACCGUGGCUUCAGCUUCCUUUGGAACUACUCGAGUCGCUUUAUAUGAUCAAUAAUGAUAAUGUUGCCACCCCGCCACCACCAAUUGAUCCUAUCAUUUUUGGUAAUUUGAUAUCAAUUCGUCGAUUAGUCGAUGAAGCAGCCGAUUUGUCUGUUCGGGCCGCCUCAGGUGUAUCAACCACCGGAGGAGGGCCGACAAGAAGCUCAAUGUCUCACACACGGCAGCAUAGAAUGCGUGAGCUUGCAGUUAAUAAAUUAGCGCUUGCGUACCGAAUUGAUGAAAUUGCUACCGCGGUUGUAACAAUGCAGUCAGCUAGUGCAAUCGACGAAGUUGCUAGUAGAGUUUUAAAGAAAAAUUCAACGAAUUUAGAGGCGUUAUAUGUGAAUUUUUUUCAUGAAAAAAUUCCGUCGAGUAAUAUAGAUAAAAAAAUGGCUUGGUACGGUGGAUUUCCCAAAAAUUUGGCACCCAACCUAAUACUUUGCACCACUUUUUAUCCACCAUAUACAAGUAGAAUGCUAUCGCAAUCUACAUCCACCGACAUACUCGAUAAAAUCAUUGCCACUUCUCCGACGACUCCCGAAUUUUAUCGUACGCGCGGUGUUGUAAAGUGUUUUAAAGAAGAAUUUACCGGUGCUCUCCGAGAUUUCAAAACGGCUUUAGCACAUACAAAACACAGAAAACGAGUAAAUAACGUUUUGUUAGGGAAAAAAACAACACUUCCACUUCAUAACCACCAUGGCAAUGAGGAUGAUGAAUGUACAGGGACCGAGAGCCAAUUGUACUUUCUGCGCGCCGCAUGUUAUUUACAAUAUGCUAUUAGCUUAGUAGAUAAAGCCUUCCAAAAAGUUGACGGGGUAGAACAUAAAGAUGGUGAAGGAAGCGAAUUGAGAUUAGUAGCGGUUAAAAAAGGUAACAAUGGAACCAAUAAUCAAGGCUCUACUCCAAAACUUGAAGAAUAUAGAAAAGAACUCAUGCCGAUAAUGCAUCAAGUACAAAGUUUGACAAAACGUUCAAUAAGAGAUUACACUCAUUUUUUGGGGUUUUAUCCUAGUUCUUUACCACCAUUUUCAACUAGUGAUGAAGGCACAUCCAAGGCCGGCACCCCUAUUGCAUCACGAGAUUCGUCGCCAGUAAGAUCAUUUAAAGAUAAAGAUGAUAACUUAAGCCCAUCUGUUAAUAUUGUGGACCAACAGGUUGAUACAAAAACAACGGAUAGGAGUCGUAAACCUGUGGAAAAGGAAGCCAGCUUAUCUUCCGAUGUCGGAAGUACUAUUUCCAAUACGUCCGCUUCUAUGUCUAAAGACCAUAAUAAUAUCCAUCACCAUUCACAUCAUUUUCAUGGUUAUCAACCUCCUCACACUUUUGCUACAUAUCAUCCACUUUUAAUCGAAGCUUGGUAUGCUAUAGCCCUUAACUAUGUACUUAUCGGUGACCUUCACACUGGUGCUUUGUGGCAUGCUCGUAUCUCUGAAAUGCACGAAUGCAUUGAAGGUUAUCCAGUUUUUCUUCCAGCGCGAUCAAUGGCGCAAGCAGAUUACAUGGAAGUUUUAGAACCUUCUGCAGAAGAUGACAAAGAUACGAUAGAAGGAAAGAAACUCUCAGUAAAAAUUGGGAAAAAGUCCAAAAACGCCACGCACAAUAAAAAUGGAAACCCUGUUACUCCAGUUAUUGGUAUUGAUGGUCAGAGACAUCAUCCGUGUUGUCCUCUCGCACCUGGAAAUCAUUCAUCUUCUAAAGAAAAUAACUACAAUCAUAAUCAUACCUCUCCAAUUCCUCCCUCUGCUACUUCUAAUAAUAAUAGUUCCGGCGGUAAUUCUAAUGGUAAUUCCCAUAGUACAGCAGGCGUCAACACCAGUGGUAAUACAGGUGGACCAAGGCAGUAUCCAUUGCAUACGCAAAGGGCUGAUUCGGUUAUGAUGUGGCUAAGAGCUAUUAUCUUAAGACCGAAUAAUUUAUCUUGA